AUGGCGAGAGGCACAGCCAAGAAGAGGCCGCGAACUAGCAGACCUGCCCGGAAGAAGGCGCCGGCCGGGAAGGUAGGGCCUGUGUCCAGUGUGAAGCAAAAGCAUGGGAAGGUCUGGGCAGAACGUGUCACCGAAGGCUCGGGCACGGAGUCGGCAGCAACAAGUGGCAGCGAGCCGGCGGAGCCACCUGCCAAGAAGGCCAAGGCUGAUGAGCCUGGGGCGUCAAGGCCCAAGGCUACUGAGCCGGGGGCCCGCAAGACCGACCAGCGAAGGGCGCUGGCCACUUGGAUCGCGCUGGAUCAG